AUGCGAACCGAAGAUGAAAAAUUCAAUGCUUUACUCGGACGACUACGUCGAGGCGGAUGCACAGAUGCAGAUUAUGAAUUACUACAAACUCGUGUCGUUGGUGGCGGUGAAGUUGAAUCAUUAAACAUAAUCUCCCGAUCAUUAGAAACUAACGAAGCCGUAUUUCGUCUAGGAAUGCCGGUGUUAUUGACUAAUAACAUAGCAACAGAGCUCGGUUUAUCAAAUGGAUCAUCUGGAACAUUUCACUCACUUGUUUAUACAGAACCAAGAGAUGACGAAGACAAAACAAUCAACGAAAAGCAAUCAUCAUCAUCAUUAGACCCAGCACAACCGAAGCGGUUUCCUCCAAAUACCGUCACUCUGAAAUAUCCAUUAUAUGUUCUAAUUGAAAUGCAAAAAUCGAAAAUAAAAUCAGAUCUUGAACCAUUACCUGAGAAAUUAGUUCCUAUACCAACCAUUAAAAAAACAUUUGAAGUCGAUGUGAAAGACUUAGAAGGCCGGCAAUAA